UAUUUAGAAACUCUACCGCCAACUAUUCAAACCAGCAAGUAAAACUCCAUUUUCAGCUCAAACAAAUGGUCUACAUAAGAUUUUUUUUUUUUCUGUCAACAUCAUCAGUAGAUGCAAAACACAUUAUGAAAAUUUGGAACAUCAUUCAUCUUCACUUUUCCUUGUAGAAAAUGCAUGUUUCUCCAUGCAAUGAAAAAACUCUGUCAAAUAAGCUGCAAAUUUAAUUCACCUUCAUCAAAAUUUCUAUUCAGACACUUCACAGUCUCAUCAUCUCAAGAAAAAGAAAACUAUCCAAUUAUUUCCUUUAACAGAAGGACCCAACGUCAUUAUUUAAGCAAAUUAUUAUUCUCAUUACCCAAACAAGCCACUAACUCAACAUCCCAAUACGAAGAAAUACAUGCCCAAGUAAUUAUUUCCGGGUUUGAAAGCAAUAAUUUCCUUAACAACAUCCUCAUUCAAUCGUAUUCGAUUUCGGGUUGUUUGGACUAUGCGCGUAAGGUGUUCGAUAAAAUGCCUAAAAGGGAUAUGAUUUCUUGGUCUUCAUUGAUUACUAUGUAUACCCAACAUGGGUUUUAUGAAGAAGCCUUGCUGGUUUUUGGUGAGUUGAGAAGUAGUUAUAAGCUAUGUUGUGCGGACUCUUCAAAAAUACUGCGGCAGCACCCGUGUAGGAUCCUCCAAGAAUGCGCUACUUUUGGAGAAUCCGACACGCACCCGUCGACAUUUUUGAAGAGUCCAAGCAACAUAGAUCAUAAGGAGGAGGAGGGCACUAAUUUUGGAGGAUCCGACACGCACACAUUGACAUUUUUAAAGAGUCCGAGCAACAUAUGUUAUAAGGAGGAGGAGGGCACUAAUUUUGGAGAAUCAGACACGCACCCGUCGACGUUUUUAAAGAGUCCGAGCAACAUAGGUCAUAAAGAAGGGGAGGAGGCCACUAAUUUUGGAGGAUCCGACACGCAUCCGUUGACAUUUUUAAAGAGUCUGAGCAACAUAGGUUAUAAGGAGGAGGAGGGCCCGAAUGAGUUUGUUUUGGCUAGUGUUGUUAGCUGUUGUGGAAGGUUAGGUAGCAUUGUAAAAGGUGCUCAAUUGCAUUGUUUUGUGGUUAAAAGUGGUUUCAAUCAGUUUGUGUAUGUGGGAACGUCGUUAAUCGAUUUUUACUGGAAGAUUGGAGAUGUAGACGCAGCAAGAUUAAUCUUUGAUGAUUUGUUGGUGAAGAGUACGGCUACUUGGACCGCGAUUAUUGCAGCGUGUGUGAAUGCGGGGAAGAGUGAAAUUUCGUUGAAGUUAUUGAGAAAUAUGUUGGAGACUGAUGUUGUUCCUGAUAACUAUGUGGUUUCGAGUAUUUUGGGUGCAUGUUCAUCGAUCGAGUAUCUUGAAGGAGGAAAGGAAAUUCAUGGUUAUGUGCUUAGACGGGGGGCAGAUAUGGAUGUUACUGUGAGUAAUGUACUUAUUGAUUUUUAUAUGAAGUGUGGUAAGGUUAAGACUGCAAGGAUGGUUUUUGAUCAAAUGGAAGUUAAAAACAUUAUUUCUUGGACAACGAUGAUCUCCGGAUACAUGCAGAAUUCUUCCGACUGGGAAGCCCUAAGCAUGUUUAGAGACAUGAAUAGUUUGGGUUGGACGCUAGAUAGAUUUGCUUGCAGUAGUGUGCUUAUUUCUUGUGGAUCGCUUGAAGCUUUAGAUUUGGGAAGACAAGUGCAUGCUUAUACCGUGAAAGCUAGUGUUGUUUCUGAUGGCUUUGUGAAGAAUAGCUUGAUCGAUAUGUACGCAAAAUGUGAUUCAUUUGAUGAUGCAAGAAAGGUUUUUGACGUUAUGGUUAAUCAUGAUGUAAUCUCUUACAAUGCUAUUAUUGAGGGUUGUUUAACGCAGGAUAGGCUGUAUGAAGCUUUUGAUCUAUUUGCCGAAAUGAGAGAUAAUCUGAUUCUUCCAAGCCGUUUGACUUUUGUUAGCCUGCUCGGUGGAGCAGCUUCGCUGUUCUCCGUGGAGUUAAGUAAGCAACUUCACGGUCUCACCAUAAAAUUUGGUUUUUCUGCUGACAUGUUUGUUUGUAGCAUCCUAAUAGAUGUGUACUCAAAAUGUUCAUGUAUUAAAGAUGCGAGGCUAGUAUUCAUUGAAAUGAAUGAGAAGGAUAUGGUUGUAUGGAAUUCUAUGUUGUUUGGGUAUAUACAGCAGUGUGAAAAUGAAGAGGCUCUAAAGCUCUUCCUAGAAUUACAGCAUUGUUUGCAAAGGCCAAAUUAUUUGACUUUUGUUGCCCUCAUUGUUGCAUCUAGUAACCUAGUAAGUCUCCUGCAUGGUAUCCAGUUCCAUAACCAGAUUGUAAAAAUCAGCCUAGAUUUUGAUCCACAUGUUACAAAUGCACUUGUUGAUAUGUACUCCAAGUGUGGAAGCUUGGAAGAAGCACGGAGAAUGUUUAAUUCCACUCUCAAGAGAGAUAUCGCAUGUUGGAAUUCUAUGAUAUCCACUUAUGCACAGCAUGGAGAAGCAAAGGAAGCUCUUAAUAUGUUCGAAAAAAUGAUAAAUGAUGGACUUAAGCCCAAUAAUGUCACUUUUAUUGGAGUUCUUUCAGCAUGUAGCCAUGUUGGGCUUGUCAAAGAAGGAUUUCAUCACUUUUAUUCCAUGUCCGGUUAUGGUAUUGAACCAGAAACAGAGCAUUAUGUUUGCAUGGUUUCUCUCUUGGGUCGAGCUGGUAAACUGGUCGAAGCAAUGCAAUUCAUUGAAAAAAUGCCAAUUCCACCAGCCGCCAUUGUGUGGAGGAGUUUGCUUAGUGCGUGUAGAGAAGCUGGUCAUAUAGACUUGGGUAAAUAUGCAGCAUCGAUGGCAAUAUCUGUUGAUCCAAAAGAUAGUGGAUCAUAUGUCCUACUUUCAAAUAUUUAUGCAUCUAAAGGCAUGUGGAUCAAUGUCAAAAAGUUAAGAGAGAAAAUGGAUAGCAAUGGUGUUGUGAAAGAAACAGGGUGUAGUUGGAUAGAAAUAAAUAAUGAGGUGCAUUUAUUUACUGCAAGAGACCGAAGUCAUCACCAAACUGAUUUGAUAUAUUCAUUUAUGGAGCUUUUGAUUCGGCAUAUGAAAGGGAUAGGAUAUGUUCCUGAGGAUAGUGCCUUCUCAAAUGAGUAACAUCUCUAUGUCAUCUUUGCCGUGGUAUGCGAAGAGGCUUUGGUUUGAAUCGUCUUAAAGUUAUUUUCUAUUGCAAGUUUUGCCCUAUUUUCUAUUUGGUCUAAGUUUUCCCACUGCUUUUCCUUCUGUUACCAUAAUCUAUCCAUCAUUACCAGAUGCCUCUUUUUUAUUUAUUCAUUUUCAAUCGUAUCAUUCUUCCAGAGGUUUGGACUUUGGAUUUAAAGAUUCCCUCUGUGCUUACACAUUUUCUUAUCCAUGUAUCAGAUAUGCCAUUAUCAAGAAGACAGUGAGUAAGGCGGUCAUAGAUACCCAAAAUGACAAUUAGAAGCAAGACAUUAUAUUAGGGUUCUGUUGCUGUCAAAAGCAGGUUUCUUCUUUGGUUUGGAUGGAGCUUUAUCCAAUCAGGUCAGGAACAAAACUGAAAACCGUGGACCAAUAUGAGCCCUGCAACAAGGCUUCUGCUCUGAAUGAAAGAUAUCCAAGGCCUUCGUGCGAGGUUAUGGAAGGAGCUCGUUUAAAGGGAUGCUCACCCAUUUUCUGCUAGUGCUCUGUGAGGUUCCUGAUCGAGGGCGGGUGCACGCAGACAAGUCAAGGUGUGAAGGACUGGCAAACUUCCAACAUUUUAGGCAAAUCUCAUGUCGAUAAAGGAGGGAAAAGUGAAGCAUCAUAUAAGAUAGAGCACAAGUUCGCAUGACAUGCACAUUUUCAGGCUCAAAGAUGACGUAGCUCAGAGGACGAACGCGUGAGGUUUGUUGGAUCAAAGCAAACAAUACGUGUCAGAGGUUUCGAUUGUGACAUAUACAGCACUAUAAUCAGAUUCUCCUAACACGAUGAUGGGGCAAACCUCAUGGUCUAGUGGAUACUCAUUCCUGUUAUUACGUUUCCCAAUGUGUUAUUACCCCACGCAAACCAAAAA